UGGAUAUAUAUAUAAAAUUGUCAUUUUCUCCUUUAUUACAGCCAGAAUGUCUGACGGAGUUGACGGCUUCCGAAGAGAGCUACGAAGAGAGUUGAAGAGGCUGUAGAGGCAUGAUAGAGGAGACUUGGUGAGGCGCAACGCUUCCUACAAGAUGGCGCUCGAGCUGCCUUAUCGAACUCAGACUCUGUAGUUGAUGAUGACUGCUGGAGAGCCUUCUCCAUCUGCUGCAGAGGCGGCGCUACACGCGUGGCUCUCACUAGAGCCCCAUCAGGUCACCCAGGCUUCGGAACCCGCGAUAUCCAGAGACGAUGUUCGCCAGAUAUCUGGUGGAGGUGAGGGUGGAGGCGCAACUGUGGCCGAAACCGGGCCCUAUUCUCUACUCUAUCCUGAAGCAGAUCAGGGAAAAGGGGUCAAGAAUCUGACAGAGAAUAGUGUGCAUAGAAUGCUAGGAUUGGUGUACAGGGAAGCCACCGCUGGCUAUUUCAGUGACUUGCGUAGUGUCAAUAGAAGUGAAGAUGCCACACAUAGUGGUGAGAGGGAAGGGUCCAGCAACCAAUCCGUGAGUGCCUACAACUUUACUUCGAGUAAAGACCUUAGUAGUUUGUUAAGCGAAGACGCGAUGGAUAACGCGACCAGCUCUGAUGGGGACGGAGCUCGUAGCCACAUCAUCGGCGUCCUGAUGGGCUCUGCAUCACCCACAAUAGAUCAGGACGAGUCAACUGCCUCGAAAAAUUCUUCGUCCAUGAUUAAAGAGGCUCUAUCGUUUACGCUAGAAGCAGGAGAAGAGACGCUAGGUUCUCCGCAGGACCAGGGACUUCAGAGACUGAUGGGGGGCUCUGAUUGGCCCUAUCUAUCGGCCCUGACGCAUAAUCUGAGUUACCAUCAUCCCAGCGUCUCAGCUAACUUGGCGAACGUCACCCAUGGCAGGGAGCCGCUCUUCGCAGACUAUCCUCCACAUCUCUUAGACUUCGCGGUGUUCUGCUGCGUUCUGUUCAUCGUUCUGGGUGUCCCCGGUAACCUGAUCACCAUCAUUGCCCUCGUCAAGUGUAAAAAGGUCCACAACGCUACCGCUGUCUUCAUCAUCAACCUGACGCUCUCCGAUCUGAUGUUCGGGGUGUUCAACCUGCCUCUUGCUGCCUCGUUGUUUGGGCAUAGAGCCUGGGUACAUACGGGCUUCCUGUGCCUACUCUUCCCUAUCCUGCGCUAUGGGCUGGUGGCAGUAUCUGUCUUCACCGUUCUGGCUAUCACUAUCAAUCGUUAUGUUAUGAUUGCUCAUCCCAGACUGUACCACAGGCUGUACACUCGGACGUGGUUGGCUAUCAUGGUCGUGGCGACGUGGAUAGGUGCCUUUGGAGCCCUGGUGCCUACGCUGCUAGAAUUCUGGGGCACCUUUGGCCUGGACCCGGCGAUUGGCUCCUGCACCAUCUUACCCGAUCGGGACGGAAACUCGCCCAAGGAGUUUCUCUUCGUCUUCGCCUUUGUGCUGCCCUGUGUGGCCAUCUGCGUCUGCUACGCCCGCAUCUUCUGCAUCGUGCAUAGAGCGGAUAAGAAGAGCCACAGCCACAGUCAGCAUUUUCUCAAGGUUAACGGCAAGCGUCACAAAAAUGUUGCUUCGCCUUGUACGGCUGAUCCACCGACGUUGCAGACCCUUCAUGCAACUCCGCUACACGAUCGUCUCCAGCUUGAGACGCUCGUCAAGCUCUCCACCAGCAGUAAUUCCGUUAAGGUGGAGAUAGUUGAACCACAGGAGGAGUCUCAGAAAAAUGAGGAGAGCUCGUUAGACGGUAAUGGAAGGGGGGGCUGUGGGAGCAAGGAAGGCACGCGGACGCCAUCUCCUGAAACCACUCCUGCAGGAAUGACCACUGACGCCAGUUCGUUGCUGAAGACGGAAGCCAAUGGCUUUUCCGGUCAUUCUUCAAACGAGGGAGUUGGCGCCUCGUCAGCGGCCUGCUCUCCUAUCCGGAUAAGUCCUCCAACGGCGCCUGAAUCUCCCGCUUCAGUGAAGUCGGAUAGAAAAAUAAGUACCAACAUCGAGAGACGGCCGUCCACUAUAUCCGGUCGUGGUGGCACUUUCAGCCACCUCCGUGGCACUUUCCGAAGGACACGCGCCGGUUCCUUCAUUGCCAGACAACCUACAUUGAGUGCCAAGGACCGGCGUCUCCUCAAGAUGAUCCUAGUGAUCUUCUUGUCAUUCGUAGCGUGUUAUCUACCCAUCACGCUCGUCAAGACCUUCAGUAAGGAUGACAACCCCGUGCUAAACAUCCUGGGUCUCCUCCUUAUCUAUCUAACCACCUGUAUCAAUCCUAUCAUCUACGUGGUGAUGUCUUCGGAGUACCGUCAAGCCUACGUCAGCCUCCUGACCUGCAAGCGUGACCACGAUCCCGCUAAUCGCUCCGUCACUAAAAUUUCCUGAAAGCGGUCCAAGCCGCCUAUGGUAUUAUCUCAGCCUCUCAAGACAUCGAAAUGCGUCAUAACAGUGUCUCCAGCUGAGUAGACUUCGUUACCAACCAGGUGGCGCUCUGUGUUUAACAUUUCAUCCAAAUCAUUCACUAAGAACAUUUAUGAGUGUUAAUAAGCAACAAAAGUUAUGGUUAUAUUCAGCGCUUUUUUGUGUGUGUACACACACACAAGUUUUACAAUAUUUCACGUUGUGUUAAAGCCAGUGUUUGCAGGCGAUGAGUCACAAUAACGUGGCUAAAGUAUGUUGACCUGACCACACACUAGAAAGGUGAAGGGAUGACGACGUUUCGGUCCGUCUUGGA